GGUGUGCUACCACGAGACUGUUCCGGGUGAACAGGGACCGCUUUCCUGUAGGAGCUACACGUGAAACUGUCUCUCAUUUAGUGUUAUAACUAACUGACUGUUUCGUAAAUAAUGACGGAAACAACAGCUAACUUAAUGAAUGGAAAAUGUGGUGCCAUUCAAGCAAAAGAUAUUGUUUCCACUUUCCGGGUGCACUUCCUAGCCAUGUGUCGUUUGAAUACCCUCCCAUGGAAGUUGCUUGAAACAGAACUCAAGCAGGGACGAUCAUCGGAGCUCAUUGUCGAUAUUUUAAACCAGACAUGUCUCCAUAAAGUUUGUGUCCAACACCCUCCAUCAGUGAAAUAUAGGAGAUUGUUUCUUCAAGAACUUAUUAAAAUGCACGAGUCUACCACAGCAGAACCACUGGAUGAGCUUUAUGAUGCGUUGAGUGAAGUUCUGUGCCUCGGAAAAGAAUCCAUCUUCUACAAAAGUUAUUUCCUGCCUUCAGGUGACACUGUAAGCCUGACAGAGAGCCAGGCUGUUAUUUCCGAAGGCACCACAGGACUUGUGACAUGGGAGGCUGCUAUGUAUCUUACUGAAUGGGCCUUGGAGAACCCUCACCUGUUCAGUGGCACGACACUGCUGGAGCUGGGUAGUGGGGUUGGGUUAACAGGCAUAGCACUCUGCCGCCACUGUAAACCGAAGAAAUACGUAUUCAGUGAUUUCCACCCAAGCGUACUGCAGAAACUGGAGGCCAAUGUAGAACUCAACAGCCAAGAUCUGCCUGAUGUGGCAGUAAGUGUGGAAGAGCUGGAUUGGGAGAAUGUCUCAGAGGGUAGACUAAGAGACAUUGGUGCUGAUACCGUCAUUGCAGCAGACGUGGUGUAUGACCCUGACAUCGUGGACUGCCUGGUAUCACUGUUGAGCAGGAUACUACGGAGCUCCAAAGACAGCAGCCAACCUAAUGUUUACAUUGCCUCCACAAUACGUAAUCCAGAAACCUAUUCCUUCUUCAAGAAGAAACUCACUGGUGCUGGAGUGACGCAUUCAAUCAUCACAGGUCCCACAUCUGAAAUCUUCCCAUACAACAGACUUUCCUCUAUUGAGUUAAUAAAGUUACAUUUGUAAAAAGA